AAACACAAUAUAUCAUAAUAUAAAUCUCUUUCUACCAAUUCUCAACUUUAAAUUUUAAAUCUAUGUGACAUAAGUUUAAAUUUUCAACUACUGCAAUAUCCUUUAAAAAAAAAAACCCUCAAACCAAUCGCACCUUAUAGCCUUACUCCAAAGGUUAUAAUUAUUUUCUCACUUGAAACAUGAACAUACUAUGAGAUAUUUGAAGAGAUAAGAAGUGGGAUGUGUAGGAUAUGCAAAUACAGCGUGAGGUCCAAAUCUCACCAAUCACCCUUUUGGAUAAGGCUAUAAUCUAAAAAUCGCAAUCCCAUUGGACCUCAUCUCUGAUUCUCGCUCUCCCCUGUCCAUCUUCCCAGUUCCUCAUUUCCAUUGCCCUGCUUCUCAGCUCAGAGCUUCUCCCAAUCAAUCUUCUCUCUGGAAUCCUGCAAUUAACCAUAAGACCAAAGCUCCAAAAAUAAAACAAUGGCAGCAACCAUGGCAACAAUGGCCGUCCUCAACGCCAGAUGCUUGACCAUGAACCCCAAUUCCCCCAAAACCAAGCCACCAGCAAAACCCAUCUCCCUCGUCUCCCUCCAAAACCUCCCAGAUGGCCUCCGCGCCUCCCCAAGACCCUCCGACAAUCACAACCCAGUCUUGCCCACUUCGCUCGUCGCCGGAGCCUUGUUCUCCGCCCUGAGCUCCUGCGACUCCGCCCUCGCAGCCCAGCAAAUCGCCGAGAUCGCCGACGGCGACAACCGUGGGAUCGCGCUCUUGCUGCCCAUAAUCCCGGCCAUAGCCUGGGUGCUCUUCAACAUCCUCCAACCCGCCCUGAACCAGAUCAACAAGAUGCGCAGCACCAAGGGGGUCAUCGUGGGGCUCGGCCUCGGCGGACUGGCGGCGUCGGGGCUGGUGUCACCACUGAACGCGGCGGCGGGUGAAAUCGCGGCGGUGGCGGACGCUGCGGGCGAUAACAGGGGACAGCUUCUGUUGUUCGUGGUGACUCCGGCCAUUCUCUGGGUGCUUUACAACAUUCUGCAACCGGCGUUGAACCAAAUCAACAGAAUGAGGUCUCAGUAAAUCAAUUAGGAAGAAUCCCAUUAAGGGGUCCGAUCGAUGGAAGAACUUGUAAUUAAUUGCAGGUUUUGUUGAUGAAUUUAAUUUUUCCUUUUGAACAUCUGUUUCUUUACUACGUGUUGGUAGAUUUUGUCAUUUUGUGUAACAUAAUGCAUCAUAUCAUACCUCCA